AUGUUUGGGGCUAGUGUACGUGAGCAACAAUCAAAAUCCAGUAUUGUUAUAGUGUCUAGCUCAUCAGAAAAACCAAAGUCGGUUGAUUCCACUAUAACGCAACAACCAACAAAUGAACUGAUAAAACUCGACGUGGAACCAAUUACAAUUGACGAUGAACAGAUUAAACCAGUUGAAACGGACCAGGAACCUAUUCGACUAUACGUGGAACAAGUUAAUACGAACCCGCAACCGAUAGAACCAGAUACCAUCAGUGCAACCAAAUCUGUCGAAGAAGAAACGGCAUCAUUUUUUACCAAAGAUCCAGACGGUAAAACAAUUAAAUUUGUUCAAAAUGAGCUUGUGGAUUACAGAGAACGGGUGCAGACCGGAUACUUCCGAGACCAAAAGAGACGUAUCGACCUAAUUAUCGUGGUAGACCCAACAAGAGACAAAGAUAUUGAAAGAGCCAAGGAGACUUUCUUUCGAAAUUGUAUGAACUCCGGUCUCGAAAUGGAACUAGAAACUGGCAUACUGAUGAAGAAUGAGGAUCUGGUGUUUGUGAAGGUACACGCUCCCAAUUCCGUCAUAUUGGCACUCGCCAGGCACUUUGGCGCCAGGAAGUACUUUAAGAACAACCACAUAGAAAUCAUGAAGGAAACUGUCCAAGAUGAGAGGAAUUUGCUUCAUGUAAUACGACGCAAUUACCCCGGGCCGUUCAGCUACUCCACAAUUGACCGGAUCUACUUGGUAUACAGGUUGAUGCGAAUGAUGCCCUUCGGUACGGCGCCAAACUACCAUGGAAUUGACCUGCUAGUCGAGAGAGGAAUUAUCCGCGACGUUUACGCUUUACACGAUGGACCCUAUUACACUGUCGAACAACCAGAUGAUGUACUCACCGGGCGCCAAGCCCUGUUCGAGACUUGGGUUGGCAGCGAGAACGUUCUGAAGCCUCAACCACUCAAUCUCAUCCGAGAGUACCUUGGCGAAAGAAUUGCUUUUCUUUUUGGAUUCUUUGAAUUGUACAACAAAGCGCUUAUCCUGCAUUUUUUAUUUGGCUUGGCUCUGCUAGUGGGGGGCUUAUACACAAGAUCUCACAAACAUAUAAAUCACGCCGCGUGCUCCAACCAAAGUUACAAGUAUACUAAAUUGAUAGUAGAACCUGGUGCGAUCAAUAACCGAAUCAUCUUCACGAAGUUGGUAACAGCAUUUCCAUACUACACAAUGAAAGAUGCCAACUACCUUUGCACCAAAUCACCUAACUACUUACCGUGCCCUUAUAAUGCACAGGUGGUCUCCUAUUACGGUUGGGGUUAUUAUAACAGCUUCAGGUGGAUUGGCACCCUGAGCAGAGAACCAAAGCUCGGUUACAAAGAAAGACGCUACGAAGAGUUACCGAUUUGUCCCAAGUGCAAUGACUUCAAAGCCUGCCCUUUUGUGAACAUGACUAAAUACUGCCAAGAAGUGAAAAUUAAGAACUUAAUCGACAAUCCGCUCGGUAUCUAUGUCAUUGUAUUCGCUGUGUUAUGGUGUUUGAUACUGGCCUUGAAGUGGCGACAGAAGGAACAUUAUUAUUACUGGUUGUGGGAGGUGCGCGAAGAUGACAUGCUCACCACGCGAAGGCCAGAAUUUAAUGUAAUGAAACAUUACGAGAAGAUAAUGAAAUACGGGGCAAAAGCAAUGGUAAUAUCGUUCAUGCUGCUUUUGCAGUUGCUUGUCGUAGUGCCGAUCCUGGUGACUUACCUCCAUAAGACCACGAAGCAGUUGGCUUUCCUUUAUUCAAACCAGGAGGCAAUGAUACGAGGAAGCUAUAUUAUUCUUGCGAUGUCAGCUGCUCUGAAUGGGUUCUCCAUGACUGCAUUAGAAAAGGUGUAUACGAAGAUCUCGUUCCAUCUGAACCGUAUGAUGGGGAACCAGCGUACCGAGAAACCGUACGAGAUGUCGGUCACCAUUAUGCUGUUCAGCUUCUCAGUGCUCGUCAAUUUCAGCUUUAUAUUUUAUAUCGCUUUCCUGAAGGGGGCUUUGUAUACGUAUCCGUCUGACGAGAAGCGCUGGUACUUGCCGCUGGGGCUGGGUACCAACAACUGCGGCAUGCUGUCCUGUAUCGAUGAAUUGUUCUUUGUGUUCUUCUUCACACAUCUCUGCAAGAAGUGCUUCAUCGAGUUUGAUAACAUGUUUCAAACACACUCGACUGACAUGGCGCACAACCUGUGGCACAACCAGCACGUCCCAUGCUGGGAGAAGGAGUUCGACCUGGGCAAAAUAUCUGAAGUGUUUAUCAUGAAUAAAUAUAAUUACCUUAUGGUGCAAAUCGCACUGGUCAACUUCUUCGCAUUCAUAUUCCCCAUUGGAGGAAUAUUGGCGUACAUAACCAACUUCUUCGAAAUAAGGUAA